AUGACAUCGCCCGGAGAUGGGACUCCGGUGAAACCUCCGCCGUCCUUCUCCCCCGGCGCAGCGCUAGCCUCAUCCAAGUCUCGAUACACGGAUGGGCAAGAGGUCACACACUCCAUAGACACCGAGUUGACGGAGGCUCGGUCAGUGUCGUCUCCGACGGCCCCUCUGUCGGCCACAACGGCAGAGCUUCCAAUUCGAUCGGCGUCACCGCAGCGCUCAGUCAGAUCAUCCACCCCGCAAUUAGCUCGGUCGUCGCUCGGAUCGCCUUUCGAUGGACGGUUCGAUGGCUCGGAGGAUAUCAGGUCAUUAAUAAUUCGCGCUUUCUCGCCUACUGUCGCCGUUCACGCUUCUGAUGACACCGAUGAAUUGGUCAGGAAUAAGGGGUUCAAAGGGGGGUUUCGCGAGUUGGUCCGGCCGUUUGGGGAGACCGUGCAGGGCAAAGUCAUCAUUCGAGAUAGUGUGGGAUCAAGUCGUGCCUGGGAGGAUUUUGGAGUGCGCUUCGUGGAUCUCAAAGGGUUUGGGAGAAGUCCCGCCAAUCGAGACUCCGGACGCGACUCGCCUUUGGCGCAGACCGAGGAGGUGCUGGAGAAGCAGUUGAACUCUGCAGAAGGGCCGGCCGGGGCUGUGCCAACGAAAGAUGUGUUGGGUUUCCCUGCUACGACUCCUUUGUGCAAGCUGUUCCUGCGACAGCUUCUGGCGUCCACUUCUGUUGGACCACAUGAGACAUUCGGCCACCCCGUGGCCAGUGUGAUCACGAUAAGCUCGCGCAAUCCUGCACCAUUAGAAACACUCAGACAGCUCUACGCCGAGAGUAAUACAGGGGACAAACGCUUGCCCGAGUGGGUCAACCAGGAGUAUCUCCGUUACUACGUCUUGAUACACGACGAAGAGCGUGACGAUAUUACCGAGUCUACCAAGCUAUACGAUCAGAUGAAACGACAUUUCGGCUUACAUUGUCAUCUCUUAAGACUUCGAAGCAGCCAAUGCGUCGUGACAGAUGAUGACAGUGUCCAAGUACCACAAUGCGAAUGGUUGUCCCCUCACGAACGGCUAUCUGGGGCGGGUGAAGCAGGUAUGUUCACCCACCCAGAGUUACUACAAACGAGUUCUAACGCCCAGACAGAGACAUUAGUAGAUCUCGGUACAGAUAGUACUCCCUACCUGUUUGAUUCUGAUGUCACCGCGAUCAAAACCUUCAUUCGUGAACUCAUUGUACAGUCUGUGAUUCCUUUCAUGGAGAACCGAGUGGCCGUAUGGAACGAUCAAGUAGCAUCCCGAAGGCGAGGUAUCAGUGGCCGCUUCAUGUCUAUGUCGCGAAGAUGGGCCGGCUUUGGUUCUAGCUCGCGUUCUGGAAUUGGAGGAUCAUCAGGCGGGGGAAGUGGAAAUUACGACCCGAACCAGAAUUUCUACGGCCCAGACUCUCCAGAGGCCAUCUUGCGAAAGAUGGCCGAUUUUGCGGUUAUGCUCCGCGAUUGGAAGCUGUCCGCCUCGACCUAUGAAAUAAUUCGAUCUGACUUUGGCAAUGACAAGGCCUGGAAGUACCACGCCGCAGCUCACGAGAUGUGUGCAGUGAGCACACUCCUAAAUCCCAUGGCGAUGUCAGCCAAGAUCAAGCUCGAGAGUGUUGACCAAAUGUUUGAGACUGCCUGUUACUCCUAUCUCACACGAUGCUCGGACUCAACCCACGCUCUACGAUGUCUCGCCCUGGCCGUCGAGCUUCUCAAGUCUCGCGGUGGAUCUGCCACUGAAAGUGCCGCCAGGUGGGCCAUGCGGGUCAUGGACUUUGGCUUGGUCGGCUCCGUCGGCCAGGUCCUCUUCAUGGAGCGCGUAGCAGCUUGCUAUGCAUCCAAAACUCCCGCCGGUGGAGCCAAAUGGGGAGCCCGUCGCCGCAAAGCCGGCAUGUGGAGUAUCUUUGCUGCUGAUCAAUGGCUCAAGCUCGGGAAACCCAACCUGGCAUCAGCCUGCGUAGAGGAAGCCGAGCGUCUAUAUGCCGAAGUACUUGAAACCGACGGAGUCUUCCCGAUGCCCGAGAUGCAAGCCUUCGUCGACAACUUGAGGCAUGCAGUGAAGGUCGAGUAUCUCGAGGCAAGAGGAUUCGAUGCACGCGACGAGUCAGCUACGCAUCAUCCACUUGACACCGAGGAGACCAGCGAGAAGCUCGAGAAAAUCGAUAAGCGUAACCACCGGCGCUCGCUUAUCGGACUUCCUGGGCAACUGGAUGCAGGGAAUCUCAAAAUGACCGCGACAGCGAGGGAGUCUGGGAACUCGCCGAACGAUGACUUUGAACGAGCUUAG